AUGAUUUACAAUAUAUAUAUAUUUAAUAAAGAUGGUUUAUGUGUAUAUUAUGAAGAAUGGAAUAAAAGAAAACAAUCGGUAAAUUUGGCAGAAGAUCAAAAGUUAUUAUUUGGUAUGCUUUAUUCACUUAAGGCAUUUAUUUCUACAUCUUCACCCAAACCUAUCGAUCCAAAAACAGGUUUUCAUUGUUUUAAAACAUCAACAUAUAAAUUACACUAUUACGAAACAUUAUCAUGUAUCAAAUUUAUUAUAUUGACCGAUCCAAAUACACCAGACCUUAGAGAGGAUUUAAAAAAAAUAUAUAGUUCAAUUUUUGUAGAAUAUGUUGUAAAGAAUCCUAUUUAUCAAUUAAAAUCCACCAUAAAAUUUUAUGCGUUUGUCAACCCAAUAAAACCAAAUUUUAAACAAAAAACAUAG